AGCUUUUUAACUAAAACUUCAUUCACAAUGACUAUGACACGCUGCUGGUCUCCAUGGUAUUACUAUGAUGAUGUUAAGAGUGGGAGUUUGGCUUGUGCUGCAACUACCUCAUUCUUUUCAAUAUUUUCAAUAACUUAUGUAUCUUAUUGUUUGGAUGGUGGAGACUCCUCACAGUUUUUUUUACCCCUCUUUGAAACUGAUGUUCAUACAACUAUGAAGAGUGCUGGAGGCUUCAUGAUCUUCUUCUACCUGGUGUACAUCGUGUCCUCUAUACUCAUGGUCCGAGGUGUGCUCAACUACCAUCGUGGCCUCAUGCUACCUUGGCUUAUUCAAAACCUUCUUUACAUCUUGGCCAUCAUUGCCUUUGCCAUCUGGCUCCAAGCAUCAUACUACCAUAAUCUGUUGUCUGUGCUCUGGUGUCUCAUCUGGCUCAUCUUUGCUGCUGUGCAUAUCUACAUGCACCGCUGUGUUCGCGCUCACUACGACGUCAUCAAGGACAUGAACGCUGCUGACAUCCUCCAGAUCUACGACUAGACCUCUCCCUGUCUUCCUCGUUCGUGCUGACAACUGAACUUACUUCCGUCCUUUAUAUCUAGCACCUACAUUGAGUGUCGCGUCAAAUGACGAAAAUCAUUGGUCAAGAUAUGUGGUUGGUUAGUCCUAGCUCUUGACCUCCGUCUAUUGCUUUUCUAGUGUCAUGAGUGGCUGUAUUUCAUUUUUCUGCUUCACGCCCAAAUUCAUUGUGACAUUCAUACAUAUUUGGAAUCUUGAAAAUGUAUGAAUUGUUUUUACACACAUUUUUCAAGUUAACAUCUGGGCAUUCAUUAUCUUGGCAUUUGCAUUGAACUUUCAAUGUAAAUAAUUAGACUUGAAAAGCUCAGAGAGGUUCGGAGUCUUCAUAGCUGGCAGCUAUGAAUUGCUAGGAAUGGAUGUUUUGGACUUUUUCAUUCCCUAAAACUUGAAUUUACUCAAAUUGCUCAUUUUUUAUCUGCCGAAGUUUAAUUUAAUUAAAAUUUAGGGUGAUAGAAUGAAUACCUGUAAGCAGGAGUGGUCUCCGCUCUUGCGUUGCUGUAAUUAAUCUGGAAUUAUUGGACGAGUCUACUGGCAUUCACUGAUUAAAAUAUUAUCUUUAAUUUUGAAGUUCUUAGAUUUUAUCUGAAGUUAAUUAGGUUUAUUGCUAUUUACC